AUGUACGCUUGCUGCUCUACAGUAACUUUAGAACAGGACCUCAACAAAAAAAUGCAUAUCUGGAUGCUGCAGACGAUCGCAUUUGCUUUAACAUCACUAGUCCUUUCGUGGGCAGAAAGCAUCGAAUAUUAUGGGGAAAUCUGUGAUAAUGCAUGUCCUUGUGAGGAGAAGGACAGCAUCUUAACGGUGAGCUGUGAAAACCGAGGGAUCAUCAGCCUUUUUGAGAUCAGUCCACCAAGGUUCCCUGUCUACCACCUCUUGUUGUCCGGGAACCUUUUGAACAGGCUGUACCCGAACCAGUUUGUCAAUUACACGGGGGCUUCAAUUUUGCAUCUCGGGAGCAAUGACAUACAAGACAUUGAAACCGGGGCCUUUCAUGGUCUGAGAGGUUUAAGGAGGCUGCACCUCAACAAUAACAAGCUGGAACUUUUACGGGAUGACACUUUCCUUGGGCUAGAGAGUUUGGAAUACCUACAGGUCGAUUAUAAUUACAUUAGCGUCAUUGAACCCAAUGCCUUCAGCAAACUGCAUUUGCUGCAGGUGCUGAUUCUCAAUGACAACCUCCUCUCCAGUUUGCCCAACAACCUUUUCCGUUUUGUGCCCUUAACUCACCUGGACGUGAGGGGUAACCGGCUGAAGCUGUUGCCGUAUGUGGGCCUUUUGCAGCACAUGGAUAAAGUGGUAGAGCUGCAGCUGGAGGAAAACCCUUGGAAUUGCUCUUGUGAGUUGAUUGCUCUAAAGGAUUGGCUGGACAGUAUCUCCUACUCUGCUCUGGUGGGAGAUGUGGUUUGUGAGACCCCUUUCCGCUUACAUGGUCGAGACUUGGAUGAAGUGUCCAAGCAGGAGCUUUGCCCCAGGAGGCUCAUCUCAGAUUAUGAAAUGAGACCGCAGACACCAUUGAGCACCACAGGGUAUUUCCACACUACCCCGGCCUCGGUCAACUCCGUGGCCACUUCUUCUUCAGCUGUUUACAAAUCCCCCUUGAAGCCCCCCAAAGGCACCCGCCAACCCAACAAGACGAGGGUGCGCCCCACCUCCCGCCUGCCCUCAAAAGACCUGGGAUACAGCAACUAUGGCCCCAGCAUUGCCUACCAGACCAAAUCCCCGGUGCCUUUGGAGUGCCCCACCGCCUGCACUUGCAACUUGCAGAUUUCUGACCUGGGCCUCAAUGUCAAUUGUCAGGAGAGGAAGAUUGAGAGCAUUUCUGAACUGCAGCCCAAACCCUAUAAUCCUAAGAAGAUGUAUUUGACAGAAAACUACAUUGCGCUGGUACGCAGGGCAGAUUUUGUGGAUGCCACUGGGCUGGAUUUGCUGCAUCUGGGCAAUAAUCGUAUCUCGGUCAUUCAGGACCGGGCUUUUGGGGAUUUAACUAAUUUGCGAAGGCUGUAUCUGAAUGGGAACCGGAUCGAGCAUCUGAGCCCAGAGCUGUUCUAUGGGCUGCAAAGCCUGCAGUACCUCUUCCUGCAGUACAACGUCAUCCGGGAGAUAGAGGCGGGCACCUUCCAAUCUGUCCCCAACCUUCAGCUCUUGUUUUUGAACAACAACCUGCUGAAGUCUUUGCCAGGGAACAUUUUUUCUGGUCUGUCUCUCUACAGGCUGAGCCUGCGGAGCAACCACUUCUCCUACCUGCCCGUGAGCGGGGUGCUGGACCAGCUGAAAUCCCUGCUGCAGAUCGACCUGCAUGAGAACCCCUGGGACUGCACCUGCGACGUGGUGGGCAUGAAGCUGUGGCUGGAGCAGCUCAACACCGGCGUUCUGGUGGACCAGGUCAUCUGCGAGUCCCCGAAGAAGUUUGCCCAGAGCGACAUGCGAGCUAUCCGGGCUGAGCUGCUCUGCCCCGACUACUCGGACAUCGUCGUCUCCACCCCGACGCCCUCCCCGGGCCAGCUGCCGGCCAGGACCACCCCCUCCUCCUCCACCGUGCGUCUUAACGGCACGGCGGCGGCGGGUGGCUCCGCGCCCGCGGGCGGCGCCGGCGGCGGCAGCUCCUCGGUGCCGCUCUCGGUGCUGAUCCUCAGCCUGCUGCUGGUCUUUAUCAUGUCUGUCUUCGUGGCGGCGGGGCUCUUCGUCCUGGUGAUGAAGCGGCGCAAGAAGGGCCAGGGGGACCACGCCAGCGCUAACAACUCCGACGUGAGCUCCUUCAACAUGCAGUACAGCGUCUACAGCGGCGGCCACCACCACCACCACCAUCCCCACCUGCAGCAGCACCCGUCCCACCGCGGCGGUGGCGGCGGCGGCGGCGGGGGCAGCGCGGCACUGCCCAAAGUGAAGACCCCCGCCGGGCACGUCUACGAGUACAUCCCGCACCCCCUGGGCCACAUGUGCAAAAACCCCAUAUACCGCUCCCGGGAGGGCAACGCGGGCGAGGAUUACAAAGACCUCCACGAGCUCAAGGUCACCUACAGCAGCCACCCCCUGCAGCCCGGCGGGGGCGCGCCGUCUCCCCCAGCCCCCCCGCCGCCGCCGGCGCCCGGCGGGGAGGAUGCGCCGGUGCGCAGCCCCGCGUACAGCGUGAGCACCAUCGAGCCGCGGGAGGAGCUGCUCUCCCCCGUACAAGACGCCGACCGCUUUUACAGGGGCAUUUUGGAGCCCGACAAACACUCCUCGUCCUCCGCGCUGGGCACAACCGGUUCCACCCUCCCCGACUACCCCAAACUCCCCGCUGCCUACACCUACUCCCCCAACUAUGACCUUAGGCGUGCCCCCCAGUACUUGCACCCGGGGCCGGGGGACGGCAGGCUCCGGGAGACGGUGCUGUACACGCCCCCGAGUACUGUCUAUGUAGAGCCCAACAGGAACGAGUACCUGGAGCUAAAAGCAAAACUAAAUGCAGAGCCGGACUACCUCGAAGUGCUGGAAAAACAGACCACAUUCAGCCAGUUCUGAGAAACAGCCCCCCUUAUCCCCCUCCCCUCCCUGCCCCCCGCCAGCCACAGCAGCUCCUUCUCUAGAGUAUUUGUAUUUAACAACCACACGCAAAACAAAGAAACAUAAAUGCUGACUUCUCCCCACCUCGCCCCCCUCCUUUUUCCCCCCUUUAAUUCAUUUUAUUGUAGGGUGAAGUGCCUUGGCACAGGAUUUUUCAGCUUUGGGGAAUGAUUAUCAAAGGGUGUGCUGUUUAUUUUAUUUUCAGUUUGGUUCCCUCCCCCCCUCCCCCCCCCCCCCCCCCCCCCCCCGUUUAAUGUGUUCGGAAGUAGGAAACCACCUAUUGUGUAAAUCGGGCACAGCACUGGCAUUGUGUGUGUGUCCAUGCAUGCUUGGGGAAGGUGGCAGGAGGGUCUUGUCAGGUCAUAUUCAGGUUACAAGUACAAAAGUCAUGGUCACUUUAGGUUUUUUAUACAGACAUUGUUUAAUUUUGUUUUCUUUCUGGUUGAAGAGUACAGCGCACAUUUUCCCCUUUUAGCCAUGGGUGAGUCUAAAUGGCUUUUAUGAAGAGAUUAGCACACCCCGACUUUAAUACAAGGUUUCCUUUUUUUAAGGAUGUGUUUGUAUACUUUCUGGACUUUUGAAUUAAAAAAUAUAUUAUGAUCUUUAAAAGGAUCGCUGUAGAUGUGGGCAAAUCAUUAAAGAGUGCAGAGAUAUAUGAUCCAUAACUGGUUAGUGAAAAUAACUUAUUGAUGAAAUAUAAAAAAUAUUUUAUUGUAGCACCUAUUUUUAUAUGCACAUUAGCAUUUCUCUUUCCUUCGCUAUUUUAGGGCCUAAUCCUGCAGAUUCUUACUCAUUUGAGUAUGUCUACUUGUGAAAGAAGCCCAAGCUUAGGCCUUCAUCCUGCAGGCACUUAAGCACAUGAACAACUCUACCAAUGUGUGUAGUCCGAUAGACUCACUCAUUGGGCAAAGUUAGUCAAAUGCCCAAAAGAUUAGGAUAGAGGAUGCAGAGCUAUUCUUACAACUAAAACUACUGGGAUGUUUAAAUGUUUCCUCUUUUUUCAGGAUGGGGUCCAAAGUCUGUGGAUUGCUUUAAAGUGUUGCACUAUAUUGAGAGCUUUUUUUUUCCCUUUUUUUUGAUACAGUAUCAAAAGGACGUUUUAAAUCAUUACAAAUAAUGCUAAUUAUGACUGAAUCUUAACAGACAAUCCAAGACAUAAAAUCUGAUCACAAUAGAAAAAAAAAAUGUUUAUUUAAAAACGUACCUUUUAGCAACCUCCUGCUCAGGCAUCUCGUUGGGCAAACUAGUGAGGGACAUGUAGAAGGCAUUCAUUUUAGCAGGAAAAAUGCGUUUAAUUUUUGAUUUGUCAGUUUUUGGUUUCUUUUCUCUUUCUUCUUUUUUAUUAAUUAACCAAAAUAUAAUGAUUUUACAACUGUUGUAGCCAGUUUCUGAUUGUUUAGUCAAGUACAAUUGCACUUGUACAGAUCCACGUGUUUACUGGCAUCCUGAAAGACCAAAUGAUGGACUGUACACAUCUUUAUACAAUGUCUUUACCCCUUUGGGCAGCAGGCAAUGGCAAGGAUAUUCAUAAACACAGCAUCACAGUAUGAUGGGACAACUGAUGUCUCAUAUGUAUCCCAGCACAUGUGAUUUUUUAAUAGUUUCUGAAUAAACACUUGAUAAGUAUUUCAAAUGUAAGAUCAUGAAGUAAUGAGUAUCCGAAGUUUAAAAUUUCUUGCCAAAAUCAACUGUUUGUACGUUGGAUUCUCUUUACUAGUAAUUAUGUCUCAUCAGAAAGCUGUAACAUUUUUAGGCAAAGCAUAACAUGUUCUCUAUUUUCAAAAUAUGACAUACGGUAAUUUUGCCAGCAUACAUGAGAUGGGUCAGAGAGCAACAUAGGGAUAUGUGUUUCACCAACAUAUUGAACAGGAUGGUUUUAUAUUUACAUUUUGUUUCCUUACUGAAGUGUUCUUUAAGAUAUGGAUCAGGGUAAGUGAUACUUCACAUGUGGCUUUGUCUUUCUUCAUUAGAAGAAAUUAUCAUGUUUGGUGUUAUUUGCAGAGUUGCUCACUAGUACAUUUCUUAUUGCAAAAGGGCUCUGUUCUGUUCUGUUUCCCUAUCCAUGUACAAUCUGUCACACUUUCUACAAAAACAAAGCUAUAUAACUGGUCUGUUGGAAUUCAAGAAAAAUGUUUUGCUGGCAUGUGUUCCUCCCUCUAUGCCACCCACACCGAGCAAGAGCAAAAGCAAAGCAAAAAAAAAAAAAAAAAAAAAAAAGUAGAAAAAUAUGACUGUAUUUAGUUUGGACAGUUUAGUAAGUGGAGUGUUAUUUCAGUUUGAAAUGCAGAUAUGAGGAAUGUUCUUUUGUCACAAAGAGGCACAACAUAUGGUUGUUCUGUGCACUGCUCUAGAUCUCCUGCAGACUUCUCAUUGACACUAGCAAGAAUGUGAGUGUUGCUGUCUGAGGUGCAGUUUUGAAGCCCUAAUUUUGAAUUACCACCUUAUAAGUAUUGCUGAAGCUACUGUCCUGGUUCUCCUUCCAUUUAAACUCAGUAGAGGAACGUUGUUGUUAAAUGGAUAUAAGUAAGAAAAUUUUCAGCUUCACUGGCUUUGUCAUUCACUGAGAGAAAGGCUAACUCUAAGGACUGAGUGAGAAGGUCCUGCAAACUAUGUGUCUGUUCAUGUGUAUAUGUAUUUUUUCUGUGUGAUUCAAAGCUCAUAUACAGGAUUUUGCAUAGGUGUCAGUACAAACGUAGGAUUAGGUCCUUAAUGUGAAAGGUGUGUUUUACGUGGCAUUCUGCCACAAAGAGGCAGCAUCCACAAAUGAGUAAAUGAGCAGGAAUUGGUUGGAUUUGUAAGAAAUAGCUGGUAGAAAUGCCUCAGCAGUCUGUUUAUGCUUACAUUCUGAUGCUGCCAUUUCUGAGGCCGACAGUACUGCUGCUUCCAUGUUUUCUACACGCACUUAAUAGCUGGAAUAUGAAGAAAUGGAUUAACAUCUGAUGGUGCCCAAGAU